GUUUCAGUCCACUUGAGGGCUUCAUGAACCAGAAGGACUACGAUGGUGUGGUUUCAAACGUACGCCUCGCAGAUGGAAGCCUCUUUUCCAUGCCCAUUUGCCUCGACGUUUCACAAGAAAUCAUCGAUGCUUCUGGCGCAAAGGCUGGUGCUCGUAUUGCACUUAGAGAUUUUCGUGAUGAUAGAAAUGUUGCCAUAAUCACCGUGGACGAUGUAUACAAGCCGGACAAGGAGAAGGAGGCCAAAGAGGUCUUCGGCGGUGACCCAGAGCAUCCUGCGAUCAAGUUUCUCAUGAAUACACAGCGUGAGUUCUGUAUUGGCGGUAAGCUUGAUGCUAUUGAUCGCUUGAUGCACUACGACUACGUCGCUCUUCGCUACUCGCCCGCUGAACUCCGUCUGCACUUCGACAAGCUUGGCUGGUCCCGCGUCGUCGCCUUCCAAACCCGUAAUCCCAUGCACCGCGCUCAUCGUGAGCUGACCGUCCGUGCCGCUCGUUCUCGUCAAGCGAACGUCCUCAUUCAUCCUGUAGUCGGCCUCACCAAGCCUGGCGACAUAGAUCAUUUCACCCGUGUACGCGUUUACCAAGCACUACUACCUCGCUAUCCGAACGGCAUGGCGGUACUUGGCCUUCUCCCCCUUGCCAUGCGCAUGGGCGGUCCGCGUGAAGCCAUUUGGCACGCCAUUAUCCGCAAAAACCACGGCGCAACACACUUCAUCGUCGGCCGCGACCACGCUGGUCCUGGCAAAAAUAGUGCUGGUGUCGACUUCUACGGCCCCUAUGACGCGCAGACUGCCGUUGAAAAGUACCGUGACGAGCUAGGCAUCGAAGUCGUGCCUUUCCAGCAGAUGACUUACCUUCCCGACUCCGAUGAGUACAAGCCGCGCGAUGAAGUUCCCUCGACCAUCCGCACCCUAGACAUCUCCGGUACGGAGCUUCGCAAGCGUCUGCGCACUGGUGCCGCGAUCCCAAGCUGGUUCUCUUAUCCAGAGGUUGUCAAGGUGCUGAGAGAGAGUCACCCGCCGCGGUAUGCCCAGGGAUUCACUGUCUUUUUGACAGGCUACCAGAACUCCGGCAAAGACGCCAUCGCACGCGCGCUCAACGUUACGCUCAACCAGCAAGGUGGACGCAGCGUAUCUCUCCUCCUCGGCGAAACCGUACGCGCCGAACUCUCCUCCGAGUUGGGAUUUAGCCGCGCUGACCGGGACAAAAACAUUGCGCGCAUCGCAUUCGUUGCGUCCGAGCUGACAAAGGCUGGAGCUGCUGUCAUUGCGGCGCCAAUCGCGCCAUUCGAGGCGAGUCGCCAGGAUGCCCGUGAGAGCGUGGAGAAGUAUGGUAGUUUCUUCCUUGUGCAUGUGGCAACGAGUCUCGAAUACAGCGAGAAGACUGAUCGGAGAGGUGUGUAUGCAAAGGCGCGGAAAGGGGAGAUCAAGGGGUUCACAGGUGUUGACGACCCGUACGAGGUGCCAACCAAGGCGGAUCUCGUCGUGGAUGUGGAGAAGACGAAUGUGCGGACGGCGGUGCAUCAGAUUGUGCUGUUGUUGGAAGCGCAGGGGCUGUUGGAGAGUGCGGAGGCGGUCUCAUAGAUCUCGAAUAUCGAACCAACAUAGUUCCCUUUGCGUAAUUAUAUAGAUCAGAUAGAAAAUGCCUGUAUUGAGCAUGCAGCACCAGACCUGCUACAGUGGCCGGAUGUCAUGCACUUACAAUCCGCGACUACAAAUAAAUCCCGCCAUAUCUCCAUCAUAACACACCUCAAAACGUCGCCUAACUUCAUAGCCAAUCAUUUUUGUACAGACCUGUUCCCCUUCUCCUUCUGCUUCUCCUUCCUCCUCA